AUAGGUUUAACUGGAAUCUAGUCUGUUCACGUCUCUAUAGCCCUGAGGAGGAUGAAGAGUGGUGUCCUCCUCUGCCCGAGCGAUCUUAUCUGAUUGAGGGUCUGGAGGAUGCAGCCACUCUGCCUUUGAGAGGAGAGGGAACCAACAGAGCCACGACCUACAGCCUGCAGUCCACAGCAACUCUCACACCAUCCCCCAGCGAGGAGCUGCACCAUCCAGACCUGCUGCCACGGAAUACACAGUUUGCUCUUUCCAACCCGAAGCUGUCAACCAAGACAGCGUCUCUUAAUGGCAGCGUACCCAACCACAGCGGUCCUUGGAGAGCCAUGGCUGAAAUGGAGGAACUAUUCUCCAACAACACAGGCACAAAAGAAUAUGCAUCGUUCACGUCUUUAAUUCAGAAGCCCAGGCCUAAGAAGAAAUCUCAAAAGGAUGUCCUUGCGAGACGUGAAGUGUUGAACCCAGGGAGUAAGAACCCACAUGACCUGCCUCCUUCACCUGAGCCCCCUCCAGUAUCGGAGGACCCACUCAAGCACCUGACAGACACACUGGACAAAGGAGGGACCAGGAUGCCCCCACAGCACAGAGAGAGAAGAUCAGACCGCAGAGCAGCUGCACAGUGGAGCACGGAAGAUGAAGAUUUAAUCCAGUAUUUCAAAGCAAACCUGCUGUGCAGCGGUCAGAUGUCCAGCCACUCUUCCCUCUCCAGAAGCUCUGCCUCUCACUCCUCCACAGCCUCGCGUUCCUUGAGGGCAGGAAGGAGGAGAAAUGAGAACAUGAUAUGAGGAGAGAAAGUUGUCCUGUUGUUCACCACUCUACAUGCAACAUACGCCAUGCAGUGUAUAUGCCUCUGCGCUCUGGUCCUUCACCUGUUUUUUUGUUCAUCAUUUUUUUAGAAGGUUUUUUUUUUAUGAUCCAUUUUUGUCCUACCUCUGUAUGUAUAUAUUUUUUACAAUGUUUUUGUGUCAGGAAAAAGGCGUGCUAUUUUAUUCUUAUUUAUUAGUUUUAAAAGAAUAUCAAAUGUUAAAAGAAUUUGAAUGUAUAUGGCGCAUACAGUACAUGUAUGCCUCAAUGUCUACAUGUAAUAAAAAGGUGUUUCAACAUUUUUGUGAAAAAUAUAACCGAUAUUAUCAGGCACAGUCUAUGUGAACAAACCAUCCAAUGAUACACUAGUAAGCCUAUAGAAUACCAAAUGUUUGUUGUUGUAAAAACUAGGACUAUUCUGUACUCAUCUAAAGCGUUUUCUUUUUUCCUGGAGAGUGAUUCACACCAUGUCAGACUGUUUUCCAAUAAUGCAUCAAUUAUUUGCAGUUUUACAUGUUCAGGUUGCAUAAAAAACACAAUAAAACUCAUGUUCUAAGACUUGU